AUGUCCAGUCUACCACAAUACUACAACAUUUUGAACGUACCUCAGACGGCAACAGCUGAUGAAGUCCGAGCUGCAUACAAAAGAGAAUCAUUGAGAACUCAUCCGGAUAGAUUACCAGGGAAUGCUACUCCUGUCGAACGUCGAAGAGCCACCGAGAGAUUUCAAGCGGUAUCAGACGCGUAUUACAUUCUUUCUGACCCCGUUAGAAGAGCCGAAUAUGACGCAUUGUUCAGAUCACAACCCGCUUCAGCUUUCACAGACGAUACAGCCAGCGAAGCGGAACAAGAAAAAGCAAGUAGUUCGUUCUUUCAAAACUUCUCGCAAUUCUUCAACAAUGCCACUGGGACUCCUGGGGCGGCUGGUACAGGAACGGGAGGAGGACCAGGUCAGAGACCCGAUGCUCAUAAUGUUUUUGGGGACGUGUUCGAGGAAAUGUUGGCUCCUGAAGUGGCGCAUGUGAGACCUUGGUGGUCUUGGGCUGGAGGAGCUGCGGGCAGUGUUAUGGGAUAUAUCGUGGCGAAUGUUCCUGGGGCCAUUGCUGGAGGUUUUGCGGGAAACAGAUUGGGCGCCAUCAGAGAUGCAAAAGGCAAGAGUGUCGCUCAGGUUUUUGGUAGUUUACAGGGAAAUCAAAAAGCCGAGAUCUUACGUGCACUGGCCUUCAAAGUGUUGGGAAGUAUGGGGUGA